AUGCCGGAUCAACCGGUCUCCGUUCUCUUCGUCUGCCUCGGCAACAUCUGCCGCUCAACAAUGGCCGAGGGUAUCUUCCGCCACAUUACCCAGAAGCCGCCGUACAAGGGACUCAUCUCAAAGGUGGAUUCUUGCGGUACAGCGGCGUACCACGUUGGCGAUCCCCCAGACGAGCGCACGAUGAUGACACUUGAAGACAAUGGAAUCAUGGACUACCGUCAUUCCAGUCGCAAGGUCUCGCCUGCCGACUUUGACAAGUUCGAUUACAUCUUCGCCAUGGACAGAUCAAACCUCCAGGAUCUCCAGAGGCUACAGCAGCGUGCCCACUCGGACUCCAGGGCGAAGGUGAUGCUGUUUGGCGAGUUCUCCGGAAAGCAGAGACCAGAGACCGUGUCGGACCCAUACUAUGGUGGCGACGAGGGAUUUACAAAAGCCUACGAGCAAUGCACGCGAUUUACAGGCAACUUCCUUAAGCACCUCUUCCCCGACAUCGACCCGAAGGCAUAA